CCGAUGUGCGAGUACAGAACAGUCGUCGAAGUCAGCCCCAACAUAGCGGAGCCAGCGAGUAUAUAGCACCACGUUCCAGACCUAAAUCAACAACACACAAAACUCACACACACACAACAUGGGAGACUACACCUGGAUUAGCACCAACGUUUACGGAGCCCUGCCCCCAGGAGCCAUCAUUGCCGGCCACGAUUCCGACCAGGAUCCCAUCUAUGUGGGCCGCGCCUACCACAAUGGAGAGAUGCUGCCGGCGAAGGUAGUGCCCGGCAAGCAGCAGGCCUAUGUGCCAUGGGGCGGCCAGGAGAUCAGCAAGCACGACUUCGAGGUCUUGGUUGGUGAUCACUUCUCCUGGAUCCCGUCCAGCGGCGGAUCUGUACCGCCCUUCGCCAUCCAAGUGGGCCAGACCGGCGAGGGUGAGCCCCUGUACGUGGGUCGUGGUUACUUCCAGGGCAGCCUCACCCCCGGCAAGAUCCAUCCCUCGCACCAGUGCCUGUACAUCCCCUACGGCGGACAGGAGCACCGUCUGGAGGCCUAUGAAGUGCUGGUCCAGCCGGAGACUUGGAUUGCCUCUUGCGGACGCGGCAUUGUUCCCGGAACAGUGGUUGGCGGACACGACUCCGAUGGCGACCAGAUCUUUGUGGGUCGCGCCUACCACGAAGGCGAUUUGCUGCCAGCCAAGGUGAUCCCCAGCAAGGGCUGUGCCUAUGUGCCCUACGGAGGCGGUGAGGUGGUCAAGCACGACUACGAACUGCUGGCCGGAUACGGAUACGGAUGGGUGCACGACAGCCACGGCAAUGUGCCCGGCAAUGCCGUUCUCUGCGGCCGCACUGCCGACGGAGAGCCCCUGUUCAUCGGCCGUGCCCACCACCACGGCAGCCUCACUCCCGGCAAGAUCCACCAGUCGCACCACUGCCUCUACAUUCCAUUCGGCGGCGAGGAGGUCCGCAUCGACCACUACGAGGUCCUGGUCAAGGGCUAAGCUGCUACGGCUACUACAAAGUCCCCCCCCUUCGUCUGUCUACUAAUUUAUAGCUCAUCUUGUUUCAUUAAAAAUGUCCUCCGUUAAACCAA